AUGAAUACUCAGAUGAACACUCGAUUGACAAAUACUCAGAUGACAGAUACUCUGAUGCCGCUGAAUAAUCUGAGCUUCGAUGUGGAUAUAAUGGCUCAGACUUUCAAACACUUUUCUGAAAUUCCACAGAAUAAAGUUGUUUAUCCAACUAUUCAAGAAAAACUAAAUACCAUUUCGGAGGAGAGAAAAAAUUUUCAAGAAUUUGCCGAACAAUCAAUAACUCAUAGUCUUGUAAUGAGAAAUCAUGCUAGCGAUUUGAUUACAUUUGCUGAGAGUUGUGAAGAUGAUAGCAUUAGUGAUGUUGAGCUGGUGGACUUAUUAAGAACAUGUUUGCGUCAAGCCAAGUCAAAUAAGAAGAAAUCUGUAUUAUUAAAGGGCAAACUUGUAGGAAUUAAAAUUCACUUAGUACGUGUCGUCAAAGAAAUUGUUGAACAAAAUGAUAAUAUUAUGGAAAAACAAGAGAAUUUAUCUAAAACAAUUAGUCAAACAAAUAAAGUAAAAGAAGGUGCAAUAUUAGUUUCAAAACGUAGUGUAAUGGCAGCUGGAUUGGGAACCUUUGCUGCAGUUGUGGCAGCUCCGUUCACAGGAGGGGUACCGUUGGUUACGCUUGAUGUGGCUACGAUCGUUAGAAGUGCAGCUACGGCUACAGUUUCUACUACUGUUGCUGGAGUUUCUUCAAUUUACAGCGCCGUUCUAAAAUUAAUUUAUGAAUUAAACAAUACUCUACCAGAAAUGAAAAAUUGCCUUGAUAAUAUUGUCAUGAAUUUAUCUCAAUAUGAAACUUAUUGGGCAAGUCAAAUUGCUUAUAUUGAUGCUAUUAUCAAUACAUUGGAACUUAAGAACAAUAGAAGACAAAUGGUAAAAACUACCGCCAGGACCAUUUCAGAUAAAGCGCAAAAGAUUCAUAGUGAAUCUCAUGAUUUCAGUGUUGCUUUGCGAACUGCUGUGAAUGCUGAUAUGAUUAGGUAG